AUGACGAGAAAGAAAUCGAUCGACUCGACGCGAUUCGAGGAUACAGAUCUGCAGCACAACCUGUUCAUCCGGACCUUCGAUGACAGACUAGGAACCGCGCCACCCAACGCCCGAGACUCUAAGGUCAGGAGGGUCUUGGAUGUGGGCACUGGCUCGGGUAUUUGGGCAAUCGACUUUGGCGAUGAGCAUCCUGAUGCCGAGGUUAUUGGCGUAGACCUAUCGGCUGUUCAGCCAACAUUCGUGCCGCCAAAUGUGCAGUUCCAGGUCGAAGAUAUCGAAGAGGACUGGCACUUCUCGCACCCCUUUGACUACAUCCACAGCCGGAUGAUGACGGGCAGCAUCGCAGACUGGAAGAUCUAUCUCCGCCGGUGCUUCGACAACCUGAACCCAGGAGGUUACCUCGAGCUCAACGACAUCGAUGCAAUCCCCCUCUCCGACGACGGCACCCUCACCGAGGAAUGUACCCUCGAAAAGAGCUUCCGCCUCUGGUCCGAAGCCAUCACGGCCCUCGGGUCCCCGUUUGAGAAGUUCAACCGCCUAGAAGGCGUCUUGGCCGAGGUCGGGUUCAAGGACGUUCACGUUGAGAGGUUCAAGUGGCCGACGAAUAGCUGGCCGAAGGACCCCAAGUUUAAGGAGCUGGGGAUCUGGAAUCAUGAGAAUCUUGCACCGCACUUGGAGGGCAUGUUCAUGGCUGGGAUUACCCGCGGGUUGAAGUGGACUGAGCAGGAAGUUCAUAAACUUGCUGUCGAGGCGCGAAAGGACUUCGACGAUCCGAGCAUACACGCUUAUUUCCAGCUGUAA